AUGGCAGCAGGAGCCCUUGCCUGCCUUCACCCUCCAUCUUUGACACUCAGCACUCAAUGCUCUUCAAUCACUGCUGUUGUUCCAUUGGAUGGGUCUGCCAUCCUCGAGCUGAUUGUUGGCCCCCUUCAAGAUUUUCAGGAUCAGAAGGUUCAACUUGGCUUCAAGACUGUCCUUGCAUGUACUGAUCAUUUGCUGAGUGCUUCCCUAUGUCAACUGGUAUUCUACAUUGUUGCACCCCUUUACCUCCCAACAAGUCUUUCAUCACAUUCCAAACCCAUGCAGGCACUUGAACUGUGGCCACUAGAUCUUGCUCCUGUGGUGAGGCAAUGUGCACUUGGCAAGCUUGCUACUGAGAACUUUGGCAUGUGGGGUGAUGGAGCAGGCACCCAGUUGCUCACUGUGGGCUUUAAUGCCAGUCCCUUUUGUCCCUCACAAACCCCACUAAUGCCACUCCACCCAUACUUCAUUUUUGAUGGGCCAGACUGCCCUCAUCUCAAGAGGGGAAAAGACAUUGUGUGCACAUGCUAUCUGCCCCUCCUCAUGCAGCACUUUCAAGAGCUGCUGACAGCAUUUGGUUUCAAUUGGCACAUGGCUCUGGGAGAGGCAGAGGUGGAACUCACCUGCCUCCAGUCAUGCACCCUCAUCAAUGUUGUGGCAAUGCUGUACAACAAUGUGCUGCUGUUUGAUAGUGGCAUCCCACCAUCUGGCAAGUAUGAAGACAUGCAACUCUACUCAUCAGAUGCCUUACAAAAUUGCACCAGCCUCAAGUGGGGUGACCUCCUCCUUGUCACACUGAUGAGUAGUGUAGAUAGUGAGACAGGUUGCCAGUGGUGCAGCACAGAUGUUGCCCACCAAUUGGUUAACUAUGGCUUUGGAAAGACCCUCUUUGAAGCCACAAUCAUGCUUCAGUUCAUGGAGUUUAUGGAGUUCAUUGCCAGUGCUACUAUGUUCACACUUCUGCAGCUGCCAGGAAAUGUUGACAGCAAGUGGCUCCAACAUGGCCUUUGGGUCCUGAGCCAUUCUGAUAAGUCAUACAAGCUCUCUGUGCUGAGUUUACCACUUGAAACACCAGUGGACAAAGAUCCAUUGCCUGCCUAUGAGAUAGAGAUGCUGGCAGUCAUGUUAGAAUACUCAAGGCCUGAUUUGGUGGAGUUGACAGUUAACCCUCUUCAUGAAACUGGAGUUAUUGACCUGCUGGAGCCACUGGUCUCAUGGAUAAGGACUAGCCAUUUGCCUAGCAUACAUUUCUAUAGCAUUGUAUUGGUUUAUCAUUAUGAACUCAAUCACACUCACUGUGGUCUCCUGGGCAAUUCUAGAGGCAUAUUCAUCGGCUUCACACAUCUGAAAGGCAAAAAGAAAAAGAUAAUGCAGCUCAUUCCCAAGGCUGGGUACUACAAAUUUUGGGAAGGAUCUGAUGGACCAGAGAUUAGCAUUCAGGUGGCAGAGUGUAGGAGGAAAGGGAUGUCUAAUGACAUCCACUAUGAUGGUACAGUGUGCAAUUCAUUGGGUGACCUCAUCCAGCUUACAUACAGAGAGGAUAGGAUGCAUGGCUCAGUGGCAGGGAGUUGGAGCAGUUAUCCUGACCCUACCUCCACCACUCCCAAAAACUCCACAUUUGUUGAAUCCUUCUUCACCAUCCCAGAUGAUGAGGGGAGCAUCAAGAUGAAGAUGGAGUGGGUUUUGGAGACUGAUGGGACCAUCCACAAUGCACCUACCUCAUUCCCCAUGACUGCCAGCUCCACAAUGUACACAAAUUGA